CGAACUAAGCGCAUCGGUGCAUGUGAGAUCCAUGUUUUUUCCGCAUUUGUCACAUUAAAAGGUUCUUUUCUAAUUCGUUUGUGUAGUAAACAGGACAUACGAUAUUCAUUUUCGUUUGUACUCGUAUCCACAAUGCAGGCAGUGAGGUUCGGACGCUGUGCCUUUCAAAUUUCCAAACUCUCGCAGGCAACACGCUAUUCUUUUAGUUCGCAGCCUGGCAGGGGACAGACCGUGUCCAUUAGUGCGGGUCUACGCAGAAUGACAACAACUAGCUCACAGCCUGUUGUGAUCCGCAUCCCGAGACCCAUGCAAGAACAUAUGGAGAACGUCAAACAGAUGCAAAGCAAGAAGUUUGACAGGCUGCCAACAGUCAAGCCGGGCAGACUAUUGAUCACGAGCAAGAACCCGCAGCUAAACCAGUCUGUAGGCUAUACACUUGGAAAAUUUGAACAACCUGUUCUGACAUCAAAGGGAUGGAAGAGUAACAAAACGUUAGGGGAUUACUUCUCCAUAAAUAGCAUGCAGAGUGCUCCACCAUCCAUGCUCAAGCAGAAGAACAAGGGUAAUGACACAGCUUCCACCACUAAAAAGACAUUUAAUUGCUUUCACAUUUGUCCAGAACUGGUCGAGACUUUACACAGUCAGAAUAUAAUUCACCCCACCACAGUGCAGAUGCAAACCAUUCCCAAAAUACUAAAAGGAUGCAAUAUUCUCUGCGCUGCAGAGACAGGAAGUGGAAAAACACUCGCUUACCUCCUUCCCAUCAUCCACAGGCUGCAGGAGGAGCCGUUCACAGACUCCGAUAGAAACAUUCGCGCUGUGGUCGUUGUUCCAUCACGGGAACUAGCAGAACAAGUGACAUCUGUAGCUCGAUCAAUGAGCCAACGGUUUGGAAUAGUGGUCAAAGUCGCAGGAGGUGGGAGAGGUGUGGGAAACAUCAAAGCGGCGUUCACUCAUGGUCAGCCAGAUGUUUUAGUGGCCACACCUGGCGCUCUGCUAAAGGCUCUCCAGAAGCGGUUCAUCAGCUUGAGCGAACUAAACUUCCUAGUCAUCGAUGAAGCCGAUACUAUGUUUGACGUCAGUUUUGCGGGCUUGCUUGAGGAUAUUUUUUCGCAUACCCAGGUGGCGUCCAGACUCUCAGAGACAGUUGGGCUUGAUCAUAAAGCUCAGCUGGUUGUGGUGGGAGCCACGUUUCCGGGUGGUGUAGGAGAGGUGCUCAGCAUGGUGACUAACCUGGCCAGCAUGGUGACCGUUAAAAGCCGGAUGCUACAUCAUCUCAUGCCGCAUGUAAAACAGAUGUUUCUCAGGAUCAAAGGGGCAGACAAGAUUCUAGAGCUUCAUCAAGCUUUGAAGAAGGUUGAACUGGAGCAUAAAGGGGUUCUGGUGUUCUGUAACUCGGCUUCCACUGUCAACUGGCUGGGCUAUUCGCUGGAGGAGAUGGGUGUUCGUCAUAUGAGGCUCCAGGGAGAGAUGCCUGCAACCAUGAGAGAGGGAAUUUUCAGGAACUUUCAAAGAGGGAGUGUUGAUGUUCUAAUAUGCACUGACAUUGCUUCAAGAGGUUUGGACACACAGAGGGUUGGACUUAUUGUCAAUUAUGACUUCCCAGAGACCCACACAGAUUACAUCCACCGGGCAGGGCGCGUGGGUAGAGCAGGUGGCUCUGGCGGAGGGGAGGUGCUAAGCUUCGUUACUCACCUGUGGGAUGUGGAACUUGUGCAGAGAAUAGAGACAGCAGCCAGGAGGAGAACAUCUUUACCAGGGAUGGAGUCAGAAAUUCAGAAACCCAGCAAUAAAACUGAUGUUAAAGAAAUGGAGAAAACCAAAUAGGUGGUUAAAGUAUGAUCUACAAAUCAGCCUUAUUAAAAAUGUCAAAUGUUUAUUUUAUAUUUGUUGUUUGAACCUUUAAAAUAAACAUGUUAAA